CACUGAUCCUGGAAGCCGUGGUGUACGGUAGCACAGAAGGUGGUGCGACGGAUCCCGGAGCGCCAUUGAUGGCGUCGGUUAGUUUCUCUACUCUGAUCGAAGGUUGGAGUUGUGUUGGAGCCAUGGAGGGAGGUGGAGAUCUACCUGCAAUGCCGCUGUCCCGUUAUCUUUAAUGUUACUCAUCGAUUUUCUCCCAUGAAGUAAUUUUUUUUCCCCCUUCUCUCCGAUGGAUUUGGUCCCAAGCCUAAUCUUUGCUGUUUGUUUUUGGUAUCUUUCUGCGUGGGCGGUGACUCCGUCUGUCUGAGAUAGACUCAUUGGAGAAGAGGGAGUCUUGUCAUGUGGCUAAAGCCAGCAAAGAUGCCGCUGGUUGUCUGAUCUACUCUCCUCCUUCCUUUUCAUCGCCUUUCCCUCCUUUCCUUUAUAAAAAACGCCUUUUGGGCUUUCUUUUCGGCGCUCUGCUUCGCUUCACCCGAUUUUUACUCUUGGUCUUGUUCUUCUUCUGGUUUGGGGAGCAACAACAGAGGUUUGAAACGUUGGGAGGGGUGGGGAGCGAGAAAGGCGAGCUUUUUGCUGCAGGAGGGAGGACGGGAGAGGAUGGGAAACGAGGAAGGUCUCAAAGAGAGUGUUGAUAUGGAGGCUCUGCUCAAGGAAGCUGUCGAUCUGGAGAACAUUCCGUUGGAGGAAGUGUUUGAGAAUUUGAGAUGUACCCGGGAGGGUCUCACCACGCAGCAGGCGGAGGAGCGCCUCGCCAUCUUCGGCCACAAUAAGCUCGAGGAGAAGAAGGAGAGUAAGUUCCUGAAGUUUUUGGGAUUCAUGUGGAACCCUUUGUCCUGGGUUAUGGAGGCGGCCGCCAUCAUGGCCAUCGCGCUUGCCAAUGGAGGGGGGAAACCUCCAGAUUGGCAGGACUUUGUUGGUAUCAUAACCCUGCUGGUUAUCAACUCGACCAUUAGUUUCAUCGAGGAGAACAAUGCUGGCAAUGCUGCUGCUGCCCUCAUGGCUCGCCUUGCACCUAAAGCUAAGAUCCUUAGAGAUGGUCGGUGGAGUGAGGAGGAAGCUGCCAUCCUCGUCCCCGGGGAUAUUAUUAGCAUCAAGCUUGGAGACAUCAUCCCUGCAGAUGCCCGUCUGCUUGAAGGAGAUCCUUUGAAGAUAGAUCAGAGUGCACUUACUGGGGAGUCGUUACCUGUCACCAAAGGCCCCGGCGAUGGUGUGUAUUCGGGAUCCACUUGCAAACAAGGUGAGAUUGAAGCUGUUGUCAUUGCUACAGGCGUACAUACCUUUUUUGGCAAAGCUGCACAUCUAGUGGACUCCACCAACCAAGUUGGUCACUUUCAAAAGGUCUUGACAGCUAUCGGGAAUUUCUGCAUUUGCUCAAUUGCAGUUGGAAUGUUUGUAGAAAUAAUUGUGAUGUAUCCUAUUCAGCACCGAGCCUAUCGUCCUGGAAUUGACAAUCUUUUGGUUCUUCUCAUUGGAGGAAUUCCCAUAGCUAUGCCUACUGUGCUGUCAGUUACAAUGGCAAUUGGUUCACAUCGCUUAGCCCAGCAGGGCGCUAUUACAAAGAGGAUGACUGCAAUUGAAGAAAUGGCUGGGAUGGAUGUGCUAUGCAGUGAUAAGACUGGCACACUGACUUUGAACAAGCUCACUGUAGAUAAGAACCUUAUUGAGGUCUUCUCCAAAGGUGUAAGCCAGGACACUGUGAUUUUGAUGGCUGCUAGAGCCUCGAGGACCGAAAAUCAAGAUGCUAUAGACACUGCUAUUGUUGGGAUGCUUGCUGAUCCGAUGGAGGCACGGGCUGGUAUUCAAGAGAUUCAUUUUCUUCCAUUUAAUCCUACUGACAAGAGAACUGCUUUAACUUAUAUUGAUACUGAGGGGAAAACAUAUCGAGUUAGCAAAGGUGCACCGGAACAGAUUUUGAAUCUUGCGCACAAUAAGUCUGAGAUAGAGCGAAGGGUCCAUGCUGUUAUUGACAAGUUUGCUGAGCGUGGAUUGCGGUCACUUGCUGUUGCAUAUCAGGAAGUUCCAGAUGGAAGAAAAGAGAGCCCAGGAGGUCCAUGGAAAUUCAUUGGUCUCAUGCCACUUUUUGAUCCCCCGAGACAUGACAGUGCCGAAACAAUUCGUAGGGCGUUGAAUCUUGGUGUCAAUGUAAAAAUGAUUACGGGUGAUCAACUGGCAAUUGGAAAGGAAACUGGUCGUCGUUUGGGGAUGGGUACUAAUAUGUAUCCUUCGUCUGCUUUAUUGGGACAGAACAAGGAUGAGUCGAUUGCUGCUUUGCCAAUCGAUGAAUUAAUCGAAAAGGCUGAUGGUUUUGCUGGUGUAUUUCCAGAGCACAAGUAUGAAAUUGUUAAGCGCCUGCAAGCAAGGAAGCAUAUUUGUGGUAUGACUGGUGAUGGAGUAAACGAUGCUCCAGCUCUUAAGAAGGCUGAUAUUGGGAUUGCAGUUGCAGAUGCAACUGAUGCAGCUCGUAGUGCAUCUGAUAUUGUACUCACUGAGCCUGGUCUGAGUGUUAUUAUCAGUGCUGUCCUUACUAGUCGUGCGAUCUUCCAGCGUAUGAAAAAUUAUACCAUUUAUGCAGUUUCCAUUACAAUCCGUAUUGUGCUUGGAUUUAUGCUUCUUGCGCUUAUAUGGGAAUUCGAUUUCCCACCGUUUAUGGUUCUUAUCAUUGCAAUUCUCAAUGACGGCACUAUUAUGACUAUAUCGAAGGACAGAGUCAAACCAUCCCCUCUUCCUGACAGUUGGAAGCUUGCUGAGAUUUUUGCAACUGGAAUCAUCCUUGGUGGUUACUUGGCAAUGAUGACAGUCAUUUUCUUUUGGGCUGCCUACAAAACUAAUUUCUUCCCGCGCAUAUUCCAUGUUGAAAGCCUUGAAAAAACAGCCCAGGAUGACAUUCAAAAGCUUGCAUCUGCAGUCUACCUGCAAGUGAGCACCAUUAGUCAGGCACUGAUAUUUGUUACGAGAUCACGCAGCUGGUCUUUUGUCGAGCGACCCGGUUUCUUACUCGUCACUGCUUUCUUGGUUGCUCAGCUGAUUGCCACACUGAUAGCUGUUUACGCCAACUGGGGUUUUGCGGCAAUCAAAGGGAUCGGAUGGGGAUGGGCUGGUGUCAUUUGGCUUUACAACAUCAUCUUCUAUUUCCCGCUAGAUAUUAUCAAGUUCCUCAUCCGCUAUGCUCUGAGUGGCAAGGCUUGGGAUCUUGUCAUUGAACAAAGAAUUGCUUUUACAAGGCAGAAGGAUUUCGGGAAAGAAGCGAGGGAGCUUAAGUGGGCCCAUGCUCAAAGAACAUUGCAUGGUCUGCAACCACCUGAUACUAAGAUGUUCAAUGAAAGGAGUGGCAUCACAGAAUUGAAUCAGAUGGCAGAAGAAGCAAAAAGAAGAGCUGAGAUUGCAAGGCUGAGGGAACUGCACACUCUGAAAGGACACGUCGAGUCAGUCGUAAGAUUGAAGGGCUUGGACAUUGACACAAUUCAGCAGGCUUAUACUGUGUGAUCCUCCAAUUAUGUAACUAUUGAAGAGUGAAAGUUAUAUUUCUGUCACUCAAGUUGUAACCCAUCCUUUAUACUUUUGACCUGAGACUUCAUGUCUUUGAAACAAUCUGGAAUCUCUAUUUUCUAUUCCUGCAAUCUGCAUUAUAUCAA